CAUCUUCAGACAAGGUUGAUUCAGAAGACACUUNCUGCUGCUAUUGUCUGGCCAGUAUUCAACAGCCUUCAAGCUUUCUGGCCGGGACUUCAGGUUUUAGCUGGAGACGUUGAUCCGGCAAUCAGGACUCACACUGCCUUCUUUAGUGUCUGGAAACGAUAUGGUUUCACCCCUGAGGGUUUUAAUCUUGCUACACUUAGUGUCCAGUAUGGGCAAAAGAGUUAUCCACUAAGGCCUGAAUUAAUCGAGAGCACAUAUUGGUUGUACAAAGCUACCAGAGAUCCCAGGUAUCUUGAUGCAGGACGUGACUUUGUGGCUAGUUUGCAAUACGGGGCAAAAUGUCCUUGCGGUUAUUGUCACAUCACAGAUGUAGAACUUCAUAAGCAAGAAGAUCACAUGGAGAGCUUCUUCCUCGCAGAAACGGUAAAGUACUUAUGGUUACUCUUUGACUUAGCUGUUGACUCAGAUAACCUCGUCGACAAUGGCCCUUACAAGUACAUAUUUAGCACUGAAGGUCAUCUAUUACCGCUAACACCGCAAAUAUCUCUAGCUCGAGAACAUUGUUCGUACCUUGGUGGAUAUUGUUCAAGCAAUUCCACAAAACGAGAACAAGAAGUCCUUGAAGAAGAGAGUAGUAACGACGCUCGCAGUAACAUUUAUCCUUACCAUGAAUCUUUUCCAGUUACCGGUUUGAUUAAGGGUAUAUGUCCAGGACUAACACAUGCUCAGAAAUACGGUUUGUCUUAUGCUCUACCGGAGAAGACAGAUCGUGAAGAUGUUAAUCAAGCUAAACCAGUAACUACAAGCAGUUCGGUUGUGUUGAUCUCGAAUACAGUGGAAAAGAAACCACAGGUUGAUGAAGAAGGAUUUAGUUCUCAGUCCGAACCAAUUAUGACUAUUUCUGGUGGUAGUAGUAGCAACGACCAAACCAGUCAAGAGCUAACCUUGUUAGAGUCAGAAACUGAUGAUCGAAGACUAUACUCUUCUUAGUUUUCUAUCUGUCAAAAAGAAGAUUUAAAAAUACUACUUUUUUAGGAAUAAAUAGAUUUGAUAUUUGGUUUUUCGAUCUCA